UUGUUUACGUAUGAAAGAAAUUGUACACGCUCGCACUCACAACUUUACUUGCAGCCGAACACAUACGGCAUUUGACAAAAAAAAAUAUACGAACAUUCCUAUAAAUCAGUUAGAAAGUAUUUAUUUGUUUGUCUAACUUGACGGUGCCGAAGAAACAUACUCAACAUAUCAACAAUACAGCGAUCAGAACGUUUACGGCCGGAACUUAGUAUCAGCACGAACCCGUCUAGAUAACAACACCCAUCAUCAGCAGUGGAGUACGUAUGCGUGCACCCGUUUUUGUGGCAGCACAUGAAGGUUAGGGGGCGGUGGUAGCAGAGGCGUAGAUGACGACGACGGAGAAAGCGACCGGUCGUAAUUAUUCAGUGUGGUAAAACGGGUUCCGGUUUUUGGUUUGGAGUGUGUAAUACAGCUCACCCUUUUGUGCUUUACGACGGAGCCAAAUCGUGGCGGGGUGCCCCGGCGUGCAUGCGAAACCUGACGCAGAUUUGGACACGUAGCCAAGUAGCUGGUCGGCCGGUAGGAUGCGAGUGACAAACAUUCGAGGCGGUCGGAUUUUCCGCAUCGCGAUCAGCGUGGCGAUCGUGAUUAUGAUACUGUACAUGAUAGCGACCUGGUCGGGGGUGGAUCAGCACACAGUGAAGGAUGUGUACAAUGCGCGGUUUGCAGCAAUGCGGGGAGAUGGCGAUGGUGGCGGUACCGCUGGGGAAGAUCGAAGCCAUCCGAAGGAGGUACCACAGCUGGUGGAGGGUUUGGGUAAUUUCGAACCAGCGGAUAAACCCACGCCGGAUGGUCCGGGCGAAGGUGGCAAGGCGUACGUGCUGCCGGAGGACCAGCAGAAUCGUGCCACUGAUGCGGAGAUGGAAUACGGCAUGAAUAUCGUCGUGUCGGAUGCGAUUUCGCUUGGUCGCACGAUUAAGGACACGCGGUUGGAGGAGUGCAAACAUUGGGAUUAUCCUUAUAAUCUACCCCGCACGAGUGUUAUCAUAGUCUUCCACAACGAGGGCUUCAGUGUGCUAAUGCGCACGGUGCACUCGGUGUUGAAUCGUUCCCCGAACCACUUGCUGCACGAGAUCAUUCUCGUGGACGACUAUUCGGAUAAGGAAGAUUUGAAGGGAAAGCUGGAGCGUUACAUCGAACGUUUCGAUGGCAAAGUGCGCCUGAUACGCAACAGCGAACGUGAAGGUUUGAUUCGAACACGUUCCCGCGGUGCCAAGGAAGCAACCGGGGAGGUGAUCGUUUAUCUCGAUGCUCACUGUGAAGUCAACACAAACUGGUUGCCACCACUGCUCGCACCUAUACAUCGGGAUCGUACCGUCAUGACGGUACCGAUCAUCGACGGUAUUGAUCACAAAACGUUCGAGUAUCGGCCAGUUUACGCCGACGGCCAUCAUUACCGGGGCAUCUUCGAGUGGGGCAUGUUGUACAAAGAGAAUGAGGUGCCGCGCCGGGAGCAGAAGCGUCGCAAACACGACAGCGAACCAUAUCGGAGUCCAACGCAUGCCGGCGGUCUGUUCGCGAUCAAUCGACGGUUUUUCCUCGAGCUCGGUGCCUACGAUUCCGGUCUGCUGGUGUGGGGUGGUGAGAAUUUUGAGCUAAGCUUCAAAAUUUGGCAGUGUGGCGGCAGCAUCGAGUGGGUACCGUGUUCCCGGGUGGGGCACGUGUACCGUGGCUUUAUGCCGUACAAUUUCGGCAAGCUGGCAAGCAAAAAGAAGGGCCCACUGAUCACGAUCAACUACAAGCGGGUGAUAGAGACGUGGUUCGAUGGACCGUACAAGGAGUAUUUUUACACCCGGGAACCACUCGCCCGUUUUCUCGACAUGGGCGACAUUAGCGAGCAGCUGGCGCUGAAGGAACGGCUGCAGUGCAAAAGCUUCCAGUGGUACAUGGAUAACGUGGCGUACGAUGUGCUGGACAAGUACCCGAUGCUGCCGGCAAACGUUAAAUGGGGCGAACUGCACAACGUCGGCAAGGAUAUGUGUGUGGAUGCACUAGGCCGGCAGCCGCCGGCCGUUAUCGGGUUGCAGCCGUGCCAUGGCCAGGGUCACAAUCAGCUCAUACGGUUGAACGGUGCCGGUCAGCUCGGUGUCGGCGAACGUUGCAUCGAAGCAUAUAACGCGGAGAUUAAGCUUGCCUUCUGCCGUCUCGGUACCGUCGACGGACCAUGGCAGUAUGACGAACAUUCCGGCACGCUGCUGCAUCGAACGCACAAGAAAUGUAUGGGCUAUCAGCCACAAACGCGUCAGCUAGCGCUGAUGCCCUGCGACAUGAACAACGCGUACCAAUCAUGGAAGUUUCAGGAAAUUCAACCCCACUGGUAAUGGCGGCAGGCCUUUAGAGUGAUUUUCUAACGGGGUUCUUAAUAUCGACGAAACCACGGAAAAAGAUCGUUUAAACUUCCGCUAUUUGAACUGAAAUGUACCAUCCUUUUCCCGAAUCAAUCAAUUUUUGGGGUUAUUUGUUUAGUGAAAACAUUCUCUUUCGAAGAUCCAAAAAAAAACACAAUUCUCAUACUAAGAACGAUUUGUUAGAAGAAGAAAAAAAAUAGGCUGCAAUUGUAAGAAACGUUUGCCGGUAGUAGAAAGGAUUAUGUUUGAUAAACAAUGACUAGCAAUGGUUGUCGCACGAUUGCAGGAGAUUAUGUUGUCCGCCAUUACAAAAAAAAUUCGGAACGAGUAUUUGUUUACGCGCGCGCAAACCUACCGCAUCUGUUCUCUCCGUGUAUGUGUAUGUGUGUGCGUUUGUUAAAGCGUGAAGCAUGGCAAAAUGGCGUAAAACCAAUGGAGGACACAAGUUUCUGACCAGACCACGAGGGCGUGCUUGAAUGGAUGCAAAUAGUGAGAAUUUAUUAAACCAAUUAGUGAUACUUGACUAGACAACAUCUUUCUCGAUCGCGGGAGAUGCAAAAAUAGGCGUUGAAUAAAUGAAAACUGAUUCCAUUAUAAAUUGAAAAAAAAAACAAAAAAACAAAGUGAAGAAGUUUUGGAAACAAAAAUGAUUGAAAACAAGCGAUCUCGUACCACUUUACAUUCGGUGGGAUAUGUUUAGGAAUUUCAGAACAGCUUAAGAACCGUGGUACGGAUAAUGGAUGUGUGCUCUGGGAGGGAAAGAGAGAGCGAGAGAGAGGGAGAAAAAAACUGUAUACAACGCACUGCAAUAAUAUAAUUUACAACACGAUACGAAAGAAGUAUAUUACACAAAAUAUGGUGUGACUUAAUUUCAUUAAUUACUAUAUUUAUGUUGUUCCAUUUAUCAUUGACAAGUGUUCAGUCUGUAUCAUUAUACAAAAAACAAACACUCGCAUACCACGUGAGCUGUGCGAAUUAUGACUGCCAACAUUCCAACGACAAUUAUGUGAAGGUCUUAUAAUCUUAAGCCAUAAAGAUACGUUAAGUUUCCCCAUUAGAUAGAAAUGGGCUAAUUUGACCAUUUUCGUUACAACCCAACCAAGUGUUAUGUCAUCGAGCGGCAGAAAAUGUUAUCCUAUCGACGACCGGAUCUAAAGCCACCGACACUGGACGAUUGAUCAAACGAUGAUACCGCACGUGAUACAUGAGAUAAACCGCAAUAAAGAAGAAUGCAAUCGUAGAACUCAA